GGGUCACGUGGUGCGAGUCGCACGCGCUUUAAAAGUCGAGAUGAGCGCGCGAUGUUCCCCAUCUGAGUUAUUUUUCACACCUCAGCAGUCCGAGCAGGAAGCAGCAGGACCAGCGUUUUCCUCACAUCACUCGAUGAAGAUCUGGAGGAUGUGAAGAACCUGCAGCAGCGCGCUUUCACUCUUUAUUACUUCAACAUGGCAUCGGAAGUUAAAGUUAAGCGCGCGUGCGCUGCGCUCGUUCUCGGAUGGCUUGUGUUUUCUAAUGCCGCGAGCGCCUACCUCUACAACAACCGCUAUGUCGGUGAUCAGGUUCUGAGAAUAAUUCCCAGCAGCCCCGGGGAGAUCCAUUAUCUCAAACAGCUUUUUCAGAACAUAACGGUGGACCUUUGGCAGCCCAGCAGCUCUAACCUUAUCCACGAGGGCAAAGCGGUAGACGUCCAUGUGGGACGAGACAGGACAGCACGUCUCAAAAAUCUGCUCAGACAGGCGCACGUUCAGCAUGAACUGCUGAUUUCCGAUGUACAGAGGGAAAUGGAGAAACAGACGGGCUAUCGGUCAAACAGAAAGCGCAGAUCGGUGUUACGGUACGAUUACGAAGUGUAUCAUCCCCUGGAGGAGAUCCAGAGCUGGAUGUUUGAAGUGAACCGGACCCACCCACACCUAGUGGACUUGUUUUCUAUCGGACGAUCCUACGAAGGGCGGCCCCUUUACGUGCUCCAGUUAGGAAACCGAGUUCGGACCAGUAGGAAGGCCGUGUGGAUGGACUGCGGCGUCCAUGCGCGGGAAUGGAUCGGCCCUGCUUUCUGUCAGUGGUUUGUGAAGGAAGCUUUGAACUCCUAUCAGCACGACUCCAGCAUGAGGCGACUGCUAAAGCAGCUGAACUUCUACAUCAUGCCCGUCUUCAACGUGGAUGGAUAUCACUACAGCUGGAAACAUGAUCGCUUUUGGAGGAAAACACGAUCAAAAAAAGCCAAAUACCACUGCCGUGGUGUCGAUGCCAACCGAAACUUUAAAGUGAAGUGGUGCGAAGAAGGCGCCUCCACACACCCUUGUGAUGACACCUACUGUGGCCCGUUCCCCGAGUCCGAGCCCGAGGUAAAGGCCGUCUCCCGGUUCCUGCGCAAGCACAAGAAACACACGAGGGCUUACAUAUCCAUCCACGCCUAUGCUCAGAUGCUCCUCUAUCCUUACUCCUACAAAUAUGGCACCAUCCCCAAUUUUGACUGUGUGGAAACAGCAGCUCAGAGUGCGGUGAGCGCGCUUUACUCCGCAUACGGAGUCAGAUACAGAUACGGCCCUGCCUCCACCACACUGUACGUAAGCUCAGGGAGUUCUAUCGACUGGGCCUAUAAGAACGGCAUCCCCUAUGCAUUUGCGUUUGAGCUGCGGGAUACAGGUCAUUAUGGUUUCCUCUUGCCAGAAGCCCUGAUUGGCCCCACCUGCACUGAGACCAUGAGGGCAGUAAGGGCCAUCGCCUCAGGCCUGCUGAAGAAAUGCACCGGGUGAAGAAAUAGCACUGUGUUUCUCUGUUGCCUUAAAGCAAUGCACUUUUCGAGAAGUGCCUCUGUUUGUGAAGCACAGACCACUUUGAGCACUUGCCGAAACAAAAACCUCACGUCAGUGUAGUAUAUAAGAACACAGACCAAAGAGUGUAAAUAUUGUAUACUUGCUUUCUAUAUAUAUAUUUUUUAUAAUUACUGGAUGUCUAUGUAACAGAACUAAAUCUACACUAUAGCUGGGUUUAAUGUGAAAGAAGCUGGACGGAUCCUUACUGUAUUACAGUUAUGUGCUCAUAUAUAUAUAUAUAUAUAU